AUGAUCAGUUCUGAGAAUACGUCAUCCUUACUUCUAAUCUCAUUUGUCUCUGUGUAUUCUCAUACGCAGAAUAUUGAAGAAGAAGUGAAUCCAUUUUCUACGCAGAAUAUUACAAUUAUUAUCGUUGUUAUUGAUGUUGUCCGGGUUAUUAUUGUUGUUAUUGAUGUUGUGCGGGUUAUUAUUGUUGUUAUUGAUGUUGUCCGGGUUAUUAUGGUUGUUAUUGAUGUUGUCCGAGUUAUUAUUGUUGUUAUUGAUGUUGUCCGAGUUAUUAUUGUUGUUAUUGAUGUUGUCCGGGUUAUUAUUGUUGUUAUUGAUGUUGUCCGAGUUAUUAUUGUUGUUAUUGAUGUUGUCCGGGUUGUUAUUGUUGUUAUUGAUGUUGUCCGGGUAAUUAUUGUUGUUAUUGAUGUUGUCCGGGUUAUUAUUGUUGUUAUUGAUAUUGUCCGGUUUAUUGCACUGUUUCUUUAA